AUGUCUGGUAGUUCCGGUUAUCAAUCUUUAGGUUACUCGAAAGAUUUCCCUAUGGCUUCUUUGCAACCCCCCUCCAGCACAUCGGUGGAGCAACCGGUCCCGCCGAAGGAUUGUGGACUGUCCACAGGCAAAACAACAACGCCAGAAGCCAUUCACGAGCCUUAUUUGGAUGAUCUGGGCGACAAGCCUCCGCCGCCGGGCGCCGUAGAAGACGGCAAGACACCCAACGGCCAAACAGAGAAAGCCACCCCCGAGACAUCGAAGCCCGGCGCUGAAACAUGGAGCUCACCGGUGCCCUUGUAUUGCACAGUCAACGGACGAAGCCAUAGCAUAUUAACGGACUUUGGGUUAAAUAUAUGUCCUCGUUGUGAUAUAAAUCUCUUGGAGACACCGCGCCGAGGUGUAACGGAUGAUCAAGCAGGGCCUGCCGAGAGCGCUGACGGUAGCGCUGACGAGAGCGCCGACGAGAGAGACGAUGGUUUGACAGACAAGGAUUACAACCCGGCAUGCAAUUGCCCUCAUUGCAAUGGAUUCCGUCUUCGCAAACGUUUCGAGCACGUCCCGCUUCGUCAGCAGGAAACGGGCGAAGAACAUAACCAGCAACCAAUGGUGGCAUACUCGGUGGAAUAUAUCGACCGCGAGGAAGGACAUAUCGGCAUACGUCCCUGGCCGACGACGUUUGACCUCGAUGUCGCCCGGCAGGGUGUCUUGAAGUACAAAGCCUCAGUCUUUAGCGUGGUAACUGUGCUGAAGACCUCCCAUGCGCCCGAGGUCUUUCGUUACAUCUCAGACGACCUCAGGCGUGACAGGGUGUCUCGCAUGAUGGAAGAUCCCGGCGUCACAGUGAACGUGCACGCAACAAAAAUUGUAGUUGGGUCGCAGGCUCUCCUAAAAGCUCUCCGAAUGGUAGUGCGUUACUACCCCCAACUCGAUCUUGAAGGCAGGUCUUUGGAGUUGGAUGAGCCUUACGCGGUCAUCGGUCAUCAUUUGGAAGAGCUCGAGAGCCUUCGUGGGGAUAUAGGGGCUGAGAAGCACGCGCCAGAUUCCAUUCCGAGAGUCGCGUCAGAACCUGGGGCGGAUGAUGAUGAGGACUUGAACGCAAAGGCAGGAGAGCAUCUUGGAUUGCUCCUCGACUAUCUCCACGCCAACGUUUACAAGGACAGGAUACCAGCUGAACGCAGCCUGCACCAGCGAAAUCUUUGCACCUUCGAGAUGCUGUGGCUCUUGUUCAAGCCCGGCACCACUGUUUACGUGGAAUUUCGAGGUAACCUUGCGGCUCAUGUGGUCCAAUCGGUGGUGUCUGAUGCCGCUAUUCUUUCCGACCCGAAACAACGACUCACGCCAUACAAGAUCAGGUUGUGGUCGCUGACAUAUGACGGGCGGUUUGUUGGCCGAAGCUCAACGGAGGUGGUUCUUCCUCCAUUUGGCGGGGAGCGUGCAAUCACAUCCUUGAAGGUCUUUCCGUGCGAGUAUUUCGAUAAGAGCGACGGCGGGAAAACCAAAAGGCGGUUAGAGGAGAAUGGUAAAAAAUGGUACAACCUUUUGCUUGGGAAACAAGUACGUUACCGGGGUGAGCUGUUCGAUAAAGGCUCCUUAGAAGCCAGAGACAGCCUCAGGAUGAGGGAGAGGAUCGGCCCAAAUCCCUCAAAGGGCCCGAAUCGCGAACAGUUACCGCCACCACCACCACCGCCGCCGUGGAUUCCCCCGCCCAUGGAUCCGUUCAUGCGAGGGGCUUCGCGAGAAGUUACAAGACAAGGGCCGGUAUGUGACUUAUUGACUUCGCUUCUUCCUGGCCUCAUUAGAUCCAAUGCUAAUUUAAAUUAA